AUGUCCUCUCAGCCCUCUCAACUGGAACAUGCCAUGGAGCAGAUGCUCUUUACAUUUCACAGAUUUGCAGGGGACAAGAACUAUCUAAUGAAGGAAGACCUUCGGCAGCUGAUGGAGAAGGAGGUCCUGGGAUAUAUGGAAAACCAGAAGGACCCCAUGGCCAUUGACAGGAUCAUGGGUUGCUGUGCCUGUGAUUGGCUUAUGAGCUAG